AUGACGCUGGCGACGACGAGGGAGGUGGCUGCGAGGAAGGAAAAGUCGGCCGUGACCAACAAGUACCCGCCGUCGACGACGGUGACCAGGCCGUCGAUCCAGACGAGGGGGAGGUCUGCGAGCAUAUCCAUGGAGGGCAAGCCAAAGGAGCUGGAGCGGAGGUCAACGGGGCUCACCUACUCGAGGCCUUCGACUACAAAUCCUGCUGGGCCGACAACGAUGGCUUCUCGAAAGCCGUCUGCUGAAAAGGUGACGGUUCGCAAGCCCUCUACCGAAAAGGUGACGACAAGCCGCAAGCCGUCACUAGCUACUCUUAGUAGGGUAGUGUCUAGGCUAUCCAAGCCUUCUUCUGCCGGCACUCUGCUGUCACAAGACCAGGCAUCACAGCUCAAGCGACCUUCGAAUUCUUCGCUUCAGCGGCCCAGCUCGCCGGGCAAGACCCUCUCUGCCAAGCCCUCUGGUUCACAUCUGUCAUCUACUUCGCCCUCUAAGCUGCCGGCCAACAUUGCUGCGUCGGCUGAGGUCAGCAAGCUUCAAGCAGAGCUCUUGCAGUUAUACCUGCUGCAUCAGGAAGCUCCGAUUGUGGACGCCGAAUGGCGGGCGAGUGCGAAACAGAAGCUGGGGGACCGAUUCGACAGACUGAGUGAGGAGAGCAGGGAGGUUGCCGAGCUAGAGAGUGCAGGACUAGAGAAGCGGAACGUGCUUGCACUGAGAAGAUGGGGUAGCGGCGGCAGACUGGACGAAAAGAUCCAGUCUCUCGAGUCCAUAAUCACGAACGUGUGGUCACUGAGCGACCCGGGCGGUCGAUAUGCCAGCGUGGUACGGCACUUUGAGACUUGGAUUGAUGGAGUGAGCGAAAUGGAAGAUGCCAGGCGCAAGGGCGUCGUGCUUGUCCAGGGCGACGACAGCCUGUUCAUCGAAGACCUGGACGCCCAAUGGAAACAAGAGCGCGGUGAUCUCAUCAAUCUCCUCGAGGAGUGGAGGCAGCAGCUCGGCGACAUUGAUGACUUGAGUCGGGACGACUUUUACACCGAGCCACCGGAUGAGGACGAGAAAUCGAGCCUGGAGAAGAUGCUGGACGGGUCGCGCGCGUUGAUUGACGACAUGCUCGCUGAACUGAGGAUCAUGGAGGUGAUUGAGCAGGAGGCGCUUGUGAGGGAGGACGAGUGGAUCGAGAGGAUGAACGGGGGUGAUGACGAUAUCCAAGUGUCGCGGGUGGGAGGUGCUUGGAAUGAAAUGUAG